AUCCGAUUUCCCGGCAAAUUUUACACGUGCCGCGAUUAAUUCGAAAUCCUGGUAAGUGUAAAAGUGUAUUUGAUUAAAUGGUCAUUCUCAUAAAUGUUUCAAAUAUUGCUCUGAUCCGUUGCACACAUUAUAGGCAACGAGUCUUCACAUUUAUUCGGUUAGCAAGCAACCACUUAAUUUCGCCGUCGUGCUAUCUAGACUAGCUAAAUUAGCUAACUACAACGGAAAUAAUUAGGGCACUUGUGAAACUGAUUUAGUUUUGCGCUAUUUGUGUUUGGUGAGGAUACAAAUACAGUUAACUCGCAUGACAGGUUAGUCAAUAACACUUCGCAUUGUUGGCAAGAAACUAGGAACGUAUUUGUAAAUAGAUGGAGCAUGUUGAAUGAAUUACACACAGCUAGCUAGGUAGGCAGAUGAUUCCGACCCUACCGUUAUGCUUGUUUACACUGAGCUGUACUACUGAGGUCGGAACGACAUCAUGGUUAGAUUAAGACACCAUAGAGCUGGUGUGAGAUAAUGUUGGAAAAUGUACCUCAAUGCAGGGGUGGGAUAUGCCAAUGUACUCCCAAUUUUACCUUUAUCCAAACUGAUACUUUGAGAAGAUUGAAAUACUGCUAGUUUCAGAAAACUGCCCUUUAUCGUCCUCAAACUAACUAACAGUAGCCACAGCAGCCAUUAUGGAAUGGCAUGUCACUUUGAACAACAAAUGAGCUGAUUGGCUAACACUGCCAUUCCAAGAUGGCUGAGGUGGCUACUGGUAGCUGGCAUGAGGAGGAAAAUGACAGUUUUCUGGAAAAGCUAGAUGUAUCAGUUUGGAUAAAGGUCAAAUUUGGAGUACAGUGGCAUAGGGUCAGAAUCUUCUGGCUAGCUACAAGAGUUGCCAAGAUCAUGGAUUUUCCAGACUAGGUGCAUUAUGAAUACAUAGGCGACUCAUUUAUUCAUAUCAAUCAAUCUUUAAUUAAUAUUCAUAAUGCACAGAUUCUCAGACGCAAGUUAUACAUGAGGACUUUGCUUAGUUUACGGACAUGGGGAACAUUGUUUUGGAAAAUUGAAAGAUGUUGUGAUAACCUGAAUAAUGUGUUAUUAUUUACUUGAAUAGACUCAGACUGAGGAGAAAUAUUGACCAUGUCCCAGGAGAAGCCAGAUGCUGGCAGUCAGACACAGUCGCAGCCUCAGACUCAGUCCCAGAGUGGUUCCAGCUCCUCCUCUGGGUCAGGCACGCUCAGCUCAGUGGACACCAUCCCUGUUAGGGACCUUGGCUCCAUACCAGAGGAGCCUGAGCCACAGCCCUGGGGUCGCCUGCUGCCUAUGCAGAGAGGCUUCAGAGCCCACAGUGAGUGCAACCACAUGACAUGCCCCGGUUUUCUGGGUUGAUAGGAUACCUUCAGGUAGGGCUAUGACUGUCAUGGAAUUUUGGAUGACGGUUAUUGGUCAGCCAAAUGAUCAUGGUCACCUUAUUAAUCGUUUGAAUAGCCAAAAGAAAAGACGCACAUUUUCUCCUCUGCUCCGCUCGUGACUGCAGGGAUGGGGGCGUUGCCUAGGCAACCGAAGACUGUUUGUUAGAACACCUUGCUGUUUCAGCCAUAGAGAUCCAUUCUAAUUCCUAAUUCUAUGGUUUCAGCAAGGAGCAACAAAGUUGUAUCACGUUGUAGAGUCCAUGUUACAGCAGAAACGGACUCAACUGCACAAAUGCUCGGCCGUCAUUUAAAUAAAAACAGUUAUGACUGUUAUUUUCAUUAAGGUCUUCAUCUAUAACCGUCGGUUAUAUGGUAAUUGUGCCAGCCCUACCUUCAGCAUAGCUAUUGAAUUGUAACACGAUAUGUGAUGGCGCCGUAUCUAUCUGGUGUGAUGGCUUAGCUUCUGGAAAACGCUGCCACAUUUUUCAACUAACCUGGUCUUGGUGAUACGUUCUUCGUUUAGAUUCAGAAGAAAGGUGUAUCUUAUAAAUGUCUGUGUCUAGUUACAGGUGGUUCUACAAAAAACUGUGAAAAUUCUAGAAGCUAAAAAAAAAUCCAUGUUUUGUACUGCGCGAGGAGGUUCCUCGCCAUCUUAGCUGCCGCACAUCUAGCAUUUCCCAGCAUCUUUGCAGGAACCAGUCGGUUCUAUGCGGCGACGUUUAGAAGUAGAUGGCAGCACGUCACACAGUCCCAUUCCAUUUCUCACACCAUACAAAACAUGGAUUUAAUAUAUUUAGGAAUUUUCUCUGGUUUUUGAAGAACCACUUGCAAUUGGACACUGAUAUUUAUAAGAUACACUUUUCUUAUAAAUCGAUAACUAAGAAAGUAUCACCAAGACCGGGUUAGUUUAAAAAUACAGUGCAUUCCGAAAGUAUUCAGAAACUUUCCCUUUUUCCAAAUGUUUGUUAAGUUACAGCCUUAUUCAAACAUUUAUUUAAAAAAAAAAAUCUAUUAGACUCGAAAUUGAGCUCAGGUGCAUCCUGUUUCCAUUGAUCAACCUUGAUGUUUCUACAACUUGAUUGGAGUCCACCUGUGGUCAAUUCAAUUGAUUGGACAUGAUUUGGAAAGGCACACACCUGGCUAUAUAAGGUCCCACAGUUGACAGUGCAUGUCAGAGCAAAAACCAAUCAGCACUCCACCAAUCAGGACUUUAUAGUAGAGUGGCCAGACGGAAGCCACUGCUCAGUAAAAGGCACAUGACAGCCCGCUUGGAGUUUGCCAAAAGGCACCUAAAGGACUCUCAGACCAUGAGAAACAAGAUUCUCUGGUCUGAUGAAACCAAGAUUGAACUCUUAGGCCUGAAUGCCAAGCGUCACGUCUGGAGGAAACCUGGCACCAUCCCUACAGUGAAGUAUGGGGGUGGCAGCAGCAUGCUGUGGGGAUGUUCUUCAGUGGCAGGGACUGGGAGGACUAGUCAGGAUCAAGGGAAAGAUGAACAGAGCAAUGUACAGAGAGAUCCUUGAUGAAAACCUGCUCCAGAGCGCUCAGAAACUCAGACUGGGGUGAAGGUUCACCUUCCAACAGGACAACAACCCUAAGCACACAGCCAAGACAACGCAGGAGUGGCUUCGGGACAAGUCUGAAUGUCCUUGAGUGGCCCAGCCAAAGACCGGACUUGAACCUGAUCUAACAUCUUUGGAGAGACCUGAAAAUAGCUGUGCGGCGACGCUCCCCAUCCAACCUGACAGAGCUUGAGAGGAUCUGCAGAUAAGAAUGGGAGAAACUCCCCAAAUACAGGUGUGCCAAGCUUGUAGCGUCAUACCGAAGAAGACUCAAGGCUGUAAUCUUUGGCAAAGGUGCUUCAACAGAGUAAAGGUUCUGAAUACUUAUGUAAAUGUGAUAUUUCAGAUGUUUAUUUUUAAUACAUUUGCUAACAUUUCUAAACCUGUUGCUUUGUCAUUAUGGGGUAAUGUGUGUAGAUUGAUGAGGGGAAAAAUAUUUAAUCCAUUUUAGAGUUAGGCAUUAUCGAAACAAUGUGGAAAAAGUAAAGGUGUCUGAAUACUUUCCGAAUGCACUGUAUGUAGCAGCGUUUUCCAUUAGCUAAGCUGUAACCCCAGAUACAGAGCCAUCGCAUAUCGCGUUACAAUUCCGUAGCUACUGUAGGCAGUGAAUACAGGGGCACGUUUAGUUAUGAAACAUUUUGCUACAGUUUGUACUGGACAACACGUUUUCCCACCACGGCGCGCACCGUUCCUCAACAUUCUUUGAGGUAUGUUUGAUCCCAUUUGGGUGUGGCGGGGUGUGACCUGAUCAAUAUGGGUGUGACCAUUUGAAAUUGCAAACUACUGCAGCAGCACACUGUACAUAAUUGCCCUCAUUGCCACCAUAAUCAGUAAUCAAAAUGUUCUUCAACUGGUCAUUCAGAACAGCACUGUUUACGUUCAAUGAACAACGUUGUGUCCUGCUGAACGCAGUCCAUGUGGAAGCUGAGUGUGUGUGCAGUUUGCUUUGUUUGUGUGAGAUUCUUUGUAUUUCUCAACUAGCAGCGCUAGCAUCUGUGUAUUCUCUUCUCUAUUGAAGUGAUGGUGUUAGAUUUACUUCCAUUUUUUUCAGACUGUGUUGAGGACGACGCUUGGUUUGGCCGGGACACUAAAUGUAACUAUUGCUUUGAUGACCCCGUACUGAAGAAAUCACCCAGAUUUGCUGCAUACAGCAAAAAACAUUUCAGAAUAUUCAGAGUAGGUCUAUUCAUUUGACACAAUUAUGUAUUUCAUAAUAUUUUAUUUACAGAAGUGAAUUUUGUUCGUCAUGUGUGCUCAGUAAUGACGGUCAGAUCUUUACCUUGCAGGAGCAGAACAUUGUCUAUGUCUUUGACAACAGUGGUAAUGGCACGUUUGUUGACGGUAAAAUUCUUGGAAAAGGAAAAACGUUGCCACUAGCAAACAAUGCAGUGUUGUCCCUAGCUGAGGAACGCCAUAAAGGUACCCUUGUUACAGAGGUUUAUUUUCAAGUCAUUUCUGUUUAGGUCACUGAUACGCAAAUAGCAGCCAGGAGGCCAUAUCUAGCAUUCCACUAUAUUCCCUGUCGCUCUCAACAUUAAGUAUACUGCAUCAUUCCCUUAUUGGUGAUGCCGGUUUUAGUUUUUGCAUUUAUAAUAAAUGAGAUUAAUAGUUUCUCCCCUCAUUAGUGUUUGUGUUCAUUGAUCUCAUGGCGGAUGAACAGUCCAACCUCCCCAAAGAGUUCAGUGAGAAAUACCUGAUCACCAAAAAGAUUGGAGCGUAAGUGAGCAUUUGAUACAUUUUUUACUUGUGUAUUUUACAAAAUCAUAUGAUUUUGUUUUGAAUUACAGAGUGACAUUCUAAUAUGAUCAAUGUGUGUAAACGUGGCUGAUAAUGAUUUAUUAUAUCAGUGGUGUGUGCGGGGAAGUGAGGCUGGCCUUUGAGAGGGCCACUUGCAAAAAGGUGGCUGUGAAGACAAUCAACAAGAAGGACUUCCCAGCAUCUGUUGGCGUAAGUCUUUUCACAAUUUUUCUCAUGUUCUAGGUUUAUGAAUAUUACUGCAAUAAACGUAACACUCCUUUUUGUGCAAUUAGACUGCCACACGAAAUGCGGAACGAGAGAUCCAGAUCCUCCAAAAGAUUGACCAUGUAAGUAAGUAUUCAUUGUAAUUUCUAAUAGCCUGUUUAUACACUGAGUGUACAAAACAUUAUGAACACCUGCUCUUUGCAUGACUGGUCAGGUAAUUCCAGGGGAAAUCUAUGAUUCCUUAUUGAUGUCACUUGUUAAAUCCACUUCAAUCAGUGUAGAUGAAGGGGAGAAGACAUUUACAUGACAUUUUAGUCAUUUAGCAGACGCUCUUAUCCAGAGCGACUUACAGUUCGUGAGUGCAUACAUUAUUAUUUUUUUGUCAUACUGGCCCCCCGUGGGAAUCGAACCCACAACCCUGGCGUUGCAAACGCCAUGCUCUACCAACUGAGACAGGUUAAAAAAUGAUUUUUAAGCCUUGAGACAUGGAUUGUGUAUGUGUGCCAUUCAGAGGGCAACUCAAUAUUAGGAAGGUCUUCAUAAUGUUUUGUACACUGUGUACAUCUAUAACUUAUUACGCUGUAAUGAUUGCCAAGGAAAGGAGCCAAGGAAAGGAGCCUAGUAAAGGAAUGGUUAUUUUCAUGUCCAACCAUGUUUUAUUUCUGGGGUAAUCAAAUACCAUAGAAGUAGUCAUUUUCAACUUAUGUUUUCUACUGGACAAAGCCACAGUCAUAACACUUUUUUUAUACAACCACUUUGUAUCAAAAACACCUGUAGUAUUUUUCUGUGUAACUUUUGCCUCCUGUCUUUUUCAGCCAUGUCUAAUCAAAACAGAAGACUUCUUCCAAACAGAUGACUCAUACUACAUUGUUUUAGAGCUGUGAGUUUAGUAUUUCAUUCAAGCAGACAUUUUUUUAAAAUCAAUGACAAACCAUUAUCAUUACAUUGCAUGUAAUAUUAAUGUAAUAUUUUCAGUAGCCCUCCUCAGAAGUACAAUUUUCACAAGCAUAGUAUUUCCCUUCCCGUUUGUUUUAUUCUGUUUCAACUGAUAGCAUGUAUGUGUUUCAGCAUGGAGGGUGGAGAACUCUUUGACAGGGUCAAAAGCAAGCACCAGAUCGAGGAGUCAAUUGCCAAGCUCUAUUUUUACCAGAUGUUGAAAGCCGUAGAGGUGGGUGGAGUGAUGUAUUUCUCCAUCAUUUUCCCAUUUUAAUUUCUAGAAGAGUGAUAUUCAUGGUAGGAUUUAUUGAAUAGGCUCUGCUGUGAUGUCAAAAUACGCCAUACCGAUCUUGUUUUAGACUGGAGAUAUUUACUGUCUCUUGAGUAGGUUUACAACUGCUUCCUUAUGCUGGUUUAUUUCACAUUCCUUCCACUAGUACCUUCACAAAAAUGGCAUCAUCCACAGAGACCUCAAACCUGAAAAUGUGCUGCUUUCGUCACAGGACGAUGUUUGUGUCAUCAAGGUAAGGUUUCUCAAGUAAAGUCAUCAUGUGGGUCAUUUUCCCACAAUAAUUGAACAUGGUACAUCAAGAGUAAGUGAGGGUAGAUAGUUAUCCACCUGAACUCCUUGCCUUCCUGAAGCAGACCUCUAAACACUCUAGAUCUGGAGAAGGGGGGGGGGGGGAACUGAAAGCUUGGUUGAAUAGUCACUGUAACUGAAGUGAGGAGUUACAGGCCUCUCUAUGUGACAGAUCACAGACUUUAAUCAGUCCAAGAUACUGGAGGAGUCUGCCCUGAUGAGGACCCUUUGUGGAACACCCACGUACCUGGCACCCGAGGUGUUCACCGACGCAGUCACCGUGGGUUACAGCAGGGCCGUAGACGCCUGGAGUUUAGGGGUCGUCCUGUUUGUGUGGUAGGGAUCCAUACUCCUGAUGACAGGGUAACAUAAAUGACAGUGCUGCAUGCUAUGACUGUAGCAGUAGUAGGAAGUGGCAAGUAACUUGUUUCUGUCAACAUUUAAAGGGAAUUGUAAUGCAAUUAUUUCAAUCCAUUUGCAAAUAACUUGGGCCACGAUUACUUUUCAACAGCACGCAAGGUUUUCCUGUUAACAGAUUCACAUAACCUUUUUAAAGUGAAGCUUACUUCCUCUCUCCCUCACAGCUUGGCAGGCUAUCCCCCGUUCCACGCUGAUGCACAAACUGGUUUGUCAGUCAGGGAUCAGAUCACGCAGGGAAUUUAUACAUUUAUUCCAUCCAAAUGGGACGGCAUCUCGGAUGAUGGUAAGGGACUACUGUAAACCCUGUUUGGCUUUGUCAUGCAUGUGCUAGAGCACAUAGAAAUUUGAAAUGGAUUCUUCCUGUCUCUGGUUGGGAAAGAACUUUGGGUACUUUACUACAGUCGUAUUGAUAAUUCAAUAUAUGCUGUCCAAUACGUAUUUUACUUAUCCAAUCAUGUCUAGCUAAAGACGUCGUGAAGAGGCUGCUUGUAGUGGACCCCAAUGCCCGCCUCACCAUUGAGGAGGCUUUACACCAUCCCUGGCUGAUGGUAAGAGCUUUAUUGCCGUCUCUCAUUGCCUGGCCCUAGUGCCGUCAAGGCGGGUACGUUUACUGGAUGGAGGGGUAUUUUGUAUUUGGGGCUAGGCAGUGUUGUAAGUGGCAACAGUGAAUCAUCUCUGGUCCCAUCAAUCUCCAUCUCAGGAUGAGGCCAUGAAGGAGACUGCUGAAUGCAUAAUGUACCCCAAGGACUCUGGAGAUGCCACAGCAGCUGAUGCCACAGCAGACUCAGGAGAUGCUACAGUAGUGAGAAACAAUGUCAUUCUACUAUAGCCGUGUUUCCCACCCCUCUCCUGGGGGACCACUAGACAGUUCAUAUUUUUGUUCUAGCCCUGCACCGACACACCUGAUUUAACUAAGGUCUUGGUGAUUAGUGAUUCCGCGUGUCCGUGCAGGGCUAGAACAAAAAUGUCAACUGUCUGAUGGUCCCCUCGAGAGAGGGUUUGCAUAUGGCGAUAUUGUUCAGAGUAUGGUGUUGCUCACAAAAUUGAAGUAUGUCUCCUGUUACUUUAGGCUUCAACUACAAAGAGGUCAAGAGAAGAUGACGGCGAGCAGCAGCCGGCAAAGAGGAGACCAGGCCCAUCCACAGAGGCAACAUGA